AUGGCAAUGGGAUUUGGUCAUAAUGAAUGGCGUAGGAAAUGUAUUCGGGAACAUAAACGAUACAACGAGAUUGAGCGAGCGCUAAAUUAUUUUGAUGAUGGAUUUGCACCAUUCUUUUGUUGGAUGACCAUGCCUGAUAUGGGACAUAUUAUUGCCACAUUUCAAUCAAGCGAAACCAAGCUAAAUGAGAUUGCCAUUGGUUUUGUUGACGAUGAUCACUAUGUCCAGGUUCAUUUGUCUCCAGAUCAUCCUAUUCCACCAGUUUCUAGAAUGUGGCAUGAAGCUUCACUAGUACCCCUGCGAAUCCUCUUCAUAUCUAAAAAUAAACAAUAUUAA